AUGGCUCCCACCAACGUUCUCGCUAUGUUCCGCCCUGCUCAGGUCCAGGAAUUUAAAGAGGCCUUUGCUCUGAUCGACGUCAACAGGGACGGUAUCAUACAGGUUGAUGACCUGAAGAGUAUCUACGCCAACCUGGGAAAGGUUCCAUCUGACGCCGAACUGCAGGAGAUGCUGAAGGAAGCCCCUGGUCCACUCAACUUCACCACCUUCCUCAACAUGUUCGGGGAGAAGAUGGGAGGUACUGAUUCUGAAGAGACAAUCAAGAAUGCUUUCGCUAUGUUUGACGAAGAUGGAAAGGACCCUCCUGAGGACUACAUCAAGGAUCUCCUGCAAAACAUGGGAGAUAACUUUACCCAAGAUGAGGUGAGUACACAGUGA